AUGUCUGAUCACGAGUCCGAGGAGCUCGAUGUCCUGGACGAUGUGGUGGUUACAAAAUAUAAGAUGGCAGCGGAGGUUACCAACAGUACGUGUGAAUUUCAACUAAUGUUGCUGUUAUCGGAAGGUGUGCUUUCGGAGUUAAUUAAACUAUCACUACCUGGUGCAAAAAUUGUUGAACUGUGCAAGUUGGGCGACCAAAGAAUACAGGAUGAAUCUGCGAAGCUUUUCAAACGCGAAAAAACGAUGAAGAAGGGUAUUUCUUAUCCCACAUCAAUCAGUGUGAAUAAUAUCAUUUGUCAUUAUUCGCCUAUUGACGGUGAGGAAAAUGAAAUUGUGGAGCUGAAAGACGGUGCACAUAUUGAUGGAUAUGCUGCUGUUGUUGGACACACAUUCGUCGUGGGAUCAUCAUCGGAUAACAAAGUUACUGGAAGGAAAGCAGAUGUCAUAAUUGCGGCAAACACGGCUGCCGAAGUUGCCGUUCGCCUUCUGCGAUCUAAUUAUGAGGUAUUUUCAUUACACAAUCCCACCGUAUGCGCAGGUAUGCAAUCACACCAGAUGCGCCGAAUGGUUUACGAUGCUGAGAAGUCAAUUGUUUUAAAUCCAUCAGAAGAACACAAGAAAUCAAUAGAAAAAACGAACUUCGAAUUAAAUGAAGUCUGGAAUAUCGAUAUAUUGUUGUCGACCGGUAGUGGGAAGCCUCGUGACCACAAAGCACGCACAACUAUCUACAAGAAAAACGAGACAUUAUAUCAACUGAAAAUGAAGUCAUCUAGACAGCUGCACUCCGAAAUUGCCAGCAAGUUUCUGGCCUAUCCGUUUAAUAUCCGUGCCCUCGAGGAUUUGAAAAAAGCCCGACUUGGAAUUACAGAAUGCGCCAAGCACGAUGUCGUUCAGGCACUUCCAGUUUAUUGCGAAAAAGACGAUGAAUUCGUCGCGCAGUUUCGAUUUACUGUGCUACUGAUGCCGAAUGGACCUAUGCGGAUCACAGGCUUUCCGUUUGAUGCAUCGCUCUAUAAGUCGGAAUUUAAACCGCGUGAUGCAGAAGUCAAGGUAUGUCUGUUAAUGUCGUCUUAUUUUGCUAAGGACAUUCUAUUACAACCGAUCAAAACCCAAAACAAAAAGAAAAAGGGGGCAAAGCCAUCAAGUCAAUCAACCGGCGAAACCGAUGACCACUGA